ACAGAUUGCUAAGUAAAAAUUGGGAAUGAAUAAGUUAAGUACUAUACCUCCAAACUUGGAUCUGGAUGAUCCAAGAUUUAGGAUCAAACCUUAUCAACAAAUCAUUGCUUCUUGCACUGGUGCUUUUAUUACUUCAGUUUUUGUUACUCCUUUGGAUGUGGUAAAAAUUAGGCUCCAAGCACAACAGAAAGCAAUGCUUUCUAAUAAAUGUUUUCUUUAUUGUAAUGGUUUAAUGGACCAUUUAUGUCCUUGUUUAAAUGGAAAAGGUCCAAUAUGGGCUAAAGGAAAUGGAAAAUUUAAUGGUACAAUGGAUGCUCUUAUGAAAAUUAGUAAGAAUGAAGGUAUUCUUUCACUAUGGAGUGGUUUAAGUCCUACUCUAGUUUUAGCAGUACCUGCAACUAUAGUAUAUUUUGUUUCAUACGAACAAUUAAGAUUAUAUUUUAAGGAUAAAUAUAAUAGAAAAAAUAGAAAAGCUAGUACAAUUACAAUGAAACAGCCAUUUUGGAUUCCUAUGAUGGCUGGAGCUAUAGCACGUAUUUGGGCUGCAACCUUAGUAAGCCCAUUAGAAUUAAUUAGAACAAAGAUGCAAUCUCAAAGGUUAAGUUAUGCAGAAAUUCUUCAAGCAUUGAAAACUGUUGUAAAAUAUAGCGGUGUCUCUGGUUUAUGGAUGGGAUUAUCUAGUACUCUUUUACGUGAUGUACCCUUUAGUGCAAUUUAUUGGUUACAUUAUGAAACUAUAAAGCAAAAAUUUCACGAGUCACAACAAACUUUUACUUUUAAUUUUACAGCAGGAGCUAUAGCAGGAUCUAUAGCUGCAUUUUUAACAAUCCCAUUUGAUGUAGUAAAGACACAUAAACAAAUAGAAAUGGGUGAGAAAGAAAUUUAUUCAGAUAAUCCAGGACGUAGUAGUGGAACAUGGACCAUAAUACGAAAAAUUUAUAAACAAAAUGGAGUAAAAGGACUAUUUACAGGACUAAUUCCACGUGUAAUUAAAGUAGCUCCAGCUUGUGCAAUUAUGAUUGCAACAUUUGAACAUGGAAAACGAUUUUUUCAAGUAUAUAAUGCUAAUCAAAUUCUUCAACGUGAAAGUGAUAUACAACUUCUAAAACACAAACGAAAAAACGUAGAAUAAAGUAUAAUACUAUAAAAUAUUAUAUUAAAUAAAACAAAUAAAAACUUUACCAAAUAAAAUUUUAUUUUAUUAUAAUUUUAUAUAGAAUUUUCUAUAAAAUUCAAGUUUGUAUACUUUCUAAAAUAAUUUUGUUUUUUUAAAGAGAAAGAAAUAAACAACAUAAGUUAAAUUUCAUGUUAUCGAUUAUCGAUAUAUGAUAUUACUAUAUACUAUUACUAACCUCUCAUCCAGAUAACCACUAACAUAGCAGCCAAUAAUGGCAACUUUACAAUAGAGAAAAUCACUAACAAGAAAUAAGUCAAGCGAGAGUCUAUAGUAGUCAAUAUUUAAAAUUAUUAAUAAGAAGAUUUUUGUUUUUAAUUUUUUAAAAAAAUGCAAUGAUAAAAAAUUAUAUAAAUUUUAAUAUAGAAUAUUGAGAAAAGUUAAAAUAGAAAAUCUUUUUUGGAAAUAUAUAAUAGAAAAUGUAUUUAUUAGUUACUGCAGACGAAAAACAGUUCGGCUAAAUUCGGUUGGUCGAUAAUCGGAGUCGGUGAGAGUCGAAGUGUUGAAAGUAGCGAAUAAUAGGUCAUCGCACGGAAGUCGAUUCGUUUCGUUCAGUCCAGAUAGGUUGUUCGUACGUCGAGCGUUUCGUACAGUAGUCACUCAUCAAUUCAACAUUCCAACAGGCCGGGUCUUCUUACCGCCUCUUUAAACAUAUUCUGAUACUCAUUUGAGUGAUCAUACAAUUUCAAACGUCAUCAUGUAUGCUUGUACUAGAUUUAUUGUACCUGUCGCCAAAUCGACCGUAAGUAAUUUUCUCUUCGUUUCGAAUAUUUUCAAAUUUUUACAUUAUUAUAUAAUCUUUGAGUAAUUUGUCUUAUUUUCAGUUGGUCUCUGGAACUAAGAAUUAUAUUCGACCAUUGAGCAGUGCUGUGGUAAGUCACAGCCAGUCUAUACAGCAGAAUCAGAUUCAGAACUCAUUCAGUGUAAGUAACAUUUAAUAUUUUUCGCAUUGCAUAAUCUCACCCCAUUACGAGGUUACAUAAGCAAGUUUAUUUUCAUAAUUCAAAGAUUUUUUUAGUAAGAAACAAAUAAUUUUUUUAAAUAAAUAUAUCAAUUUGUAAUAAACAUAUAUGGUCUUAUAUUUCCUUUUGAAUUGACUUUAACUAAUCAUUUUAUAGUUCAGGAUAGUCAUGAAAAAUAUUAAUUUGAAUUGAAAAAAAAUUUGAUUUAAAUGAAAUAGUAGAAAUAAAUAAUUUAAAAUAUAAGAUGAAUAUAAAAUUCUAAAAUAAUUGUCUGUAUAAAAUUUAAUUUUUUAUGUCAAAACAUUAAAAUAAAAGUAAUAAAGAUUAUAUAAGUUAUAUUAUUUGAUGAAGUAAUUUGUAAUACUGUAUUUAAUAUAUAACUGAAAUUAUUAAAUUUGGUAAUUUUUUAUUAAAUUUUUUUUUAAAUUUAAAUGUUUUUUAUUUCAUAAGAUUUUUAAAUAUAAAAAAUUUUUUCUUUAAUAUUACUAAUUUUUUUUCUAAUUAUUUGAAUAAUUUUUAUAUAGUCUCCAUUGGGACAAUCUCCAAUUAUACGUAAUUUCCAAACAUCUACAAUUAGUCGUGAUAUUGACUCUGCUGCAAAAUUCAUUGGUGCUGGUGCUGCCACUGUAGGUGUUGCUGGAUCAGGUAUGUAUAUAAUUUUUAUUUUUGAUAAUUAUGAAAAUUAUAAUAUUUUGAUUCCUAUUCCUAUAUUCAUUUUCCUUGUUAAAAAAAAUAUAUAAAAUUUAUAUUCCAGGGAUUGAUAUGAUAAAUAUUUAAUUUUUGGAUCCCUAAUAAUUGGAUAUACCCAAAACCUAUCCCUAAAACUGCAAGUUUUCAAUUAUGCUAUCCUUGGCUUUGCAUUAUCAGAAGCGAUGGACCUUUUUUAUUUGAUGAUAGCAUUCUUUAUAUUUGUCUUCUGAUCCUAAUUCUUCUAAAAAGAAUCAUCCUAUAGUAGUAAAGUUAUAUGAUAAAUUACAUAAAUUUAAAUCAACUUUUUUUUUAAUUAUAAUAAAUAAGAUUAUACAUGUUAUGAUUUCAGGAGCUGGAAUUGGUUCAGUAUUUGGUUCUUUAAUCGUGGGCUAUGCCAGGAAUCCCUCUCUUAAGCAACAGCUGUUUUCAUAUGCCAUUUUGGGCUUUGCCUUGUCUGAAGCCAUGGGUCUCUUCUGCCUUAUGAUGGCUUUCUUACUUUUGUUCGCGUUCUAAAUUACCAAAAUCGCAUAAAAACACAAUAUUACUAGUUUUAGUGCAUCACUGUCAAAGCGGCGUCCUUUGAUUCCUGCAAAGGAAACAGUGGUAGUUGCCUUUGGUGCACGAGAUGCCAUGAAAUCAUUAGAAAUGCUCGAGUAUCCGGUUCGAUGGGGUAUGCGACGGUACGACAAUGAACUGAAAAAUUGGCGGCUGUACACGUAAUUUAGAUCAUCGAUCGAACCGUCCUUAACCCCUUCGGGGCCUUUCGAACUAAUUUAUAAUUAUUUCAUGGUCUACUUUAUAUCAUGUAGUGUAAAAACUCAUAUUAUGAUAAUAUUGUCAAUGUAAUGAGGAACGAAUAAGAACAUUAACGAAAGUUUAUUAAAGAAAUUGAAUAAAAAAAAAUAUGAUAGCGUUGCCUGUAAAAUCCAUAUACAUGUAUGUUCAUCACUUUUAAUGUUAUCAAAUAUUAAGAAACAGUAAUAUACAUCGAACAUUUUUUGUUAGUGUGGAACGGUUCAUCAUUGUUGUGCCAUCGCGUGCGCGCAUUAUUAAGGUAACUGGACGAAGAAAAUUGUACAGUGAUAUCGAAUAAACACUUGUCGUGAAAUUAUUAUUGAA